AUGGACAAUAUCGAUAUUACUCAUAAUAAUAUAGAAAACGAACAAAAAAUUCUGUUAAAGAACAUACUGGAGUACUUAGUAAAACUGAAAAAAUAUGGACAACCUGAUGCACAAGUAAAAGAACAAUUGUUAAAAUAUAUUAAAGAACAUCUUAAUUUAGACAUAGCGACCGUCUUCAAAUUAGCAGACGGAUACAAGCAACAAGACAACUGUCCACCCGAACACUCUUAUCUACUCGGAUACCUCAACAAUUAUGGUCUUGGCACAUUUAUCGAUACGACACUUGCAUUCAAGCUAUAUGAGAAAACAGCGUUAGCCGGUGUACCAUACGGUCAAGCACGUCUUGGAUAUUGCUACGACAAGCGUAUCGGAACACUCCAAAACUUCAAUGAAGCAUUCUGCUGGUACAAACUAGCCGCUGAGCAAAAUAACUUGGCCGCACAAUGCCUUCUUGCGUCUUAUUACGGAAACGGCUAUGGUACCAAUAAAGAUCUCGAAAAAUCAGUCUACUGGUAUACGAGAGCCGCCGAAGCUGGACAGCCGAAUGCACAAUACGCCCUCGCAAGACGAUACAUGCAAGGUGUGGGAGUGGAAAGAAACCAGCGACGUGGAUUUCUCUGGUUCAAAAUUUACUCGAUCACACAUCAGCUCGGUAAUGCGUAUUCGUAUUUUGACUAUGCGAAAUGUUUCAAAGACGGUUUGGGCACGAUGAAGGAUGUACAUGAGUGUUUAAGAGUAUAUCGGCGUGCGUUUUUAGCUAAUGAAAAAGAACGUGUUAUGGAUCAUUGUAGUCGGUUAUUUAAGAUUGGUAAGGAAUAA